AUGAAAGCGGAGCGGUGCUCAACGCAAAUACGUUUACAUACGAUUCAAAGCAGAGAAACUGGCGCCGGUCGGCUAUUAGAAGAAAAUAAAUAUAUAAUAUUAUACUUUUAUACAAACCUAACUAAAGCAAACAAUACACGACGAUACGACCAUUCAAUUUGUUUUAUUUCAAUUCAAAUUUGUUCAUCUUUUUUGGUUAUUUUCUUAAAGUAUUGGUACUCGUAUGUUAAAAGUGCAAAAGUUUUGAAAGUUAUAAAAUGUAUAAAACAAAAAUAUUGUUUGUAAAUUAAAGAUAUGUACGUAUGCCUGUAAGUCCCUAAAAAUGGCAUUUAGUAUAAAACAUUUUGGAAACUAACAAAAAACACAUAUCAUUGAAAGGAAAAGGAACAGAAACUUUUUUGGCUAACAAACCAUUUAAAAGUGUUGGAAAAUCAGCUACCCAGGGGAGAAGACAAUUGUAAACAAUGACAAAGCAAAUUCAAAUUAUUUUGCUAUACCUUAUAGUUUUGUUAACUCUAGCAAAGAGUGCACCGCCACCUUUUGGUUGCAUGAGCUUUAAAGAAGACGAUCGCAUACUCUUGGAAGAAGAUGAUGACACCGAUGAGUAUGAUCCACCACAAUUCGAUUCAUCUGGCUUGACGGCCAAAGAAUUACAGAAUACAGUCACUACAAAAUUGGAAACUCAACAACAAGCAACUACACCCACUUAUCGAGUGUGUCCAGCUGAUUAUACAUUUUGUUUUUCUCUGUGGAGCAAUACGCCCAAUGGAACACAGAUUGUGAAACAAGGUUGUUGGAAAGAAAGCACUGAAGGUAAUGCCACCUGUAAUCACUCGGAAUGUGUUAGUUCUUCGCCAACGUCUACCUCGCGUAACAGUUCCAUGUAUUAUUGUUGCUGUUCGGGUAAUUCUUGCAAUAAUAAUGUUUCCGUAGUGGAACCCUCAUUUUUAGAGUUGUCCAAGACAAAUUUUGCUGAAGCUUCGAAUUUAUUAAAGCCUAAAGAUAAAUUAAAUUGGUCUACCACAAACCUGUGGUUUGCUGUCUUAAUUGUUUGUCUCUUUAUAACGCUCAUGUCAACAUUCAUAUAUUUCCGCAGCAUACGGGAAAAGCCGGAGCCGGAGGAAGCUCCCUUGGCACCUUCGGGACCCGGUUAUAGUUCCAAUUUGCGUAAUGUGGAUAAUUUGAAUUUGAUUUGUAUGCUGGACAGUGGAAAAUAUGGCACCGUUAUGAAAGGUUUAUUGCACGAUCAAGAGGUGGCAGUUAAAAUAUUUCCCGAGGCCCAUCAGCAGUAUUUUAUUAAUGAAAGAAAUAUCUACUCGCUGCCAUUAAUGGAUUGUCCCGCCUUGUUGUCAUAUUUCGGCUAUGACGAACGCCAUACUAUGGAGGGCAAGUUAGAAUAUCAUUUGGUUUUGUCUUUGGCGCCAUUGGGCUGCUUACAGGACUGGUUAAUAGCGAACACGGUGAAUUUUGAAAACUUCUGUGGCAUUGUGAAAACCAUAACACGAGGUCUGUCCCAUCUACACACGGAAUUAAGAAGAGGAGAAGAACAUAAACCCUGCAUUGCUCACAGGGACCUGAAUACUCGUAAUAUUUUAGUGAAGGCCGAUCGUACCUGCUGCAUUGCUGAUUUUGGUUUUGCUUUAAAAGUAUUUGGUCCUCGCUAUGAAUACAAGGGUGAAGUAGCAGAAGCUGAAACGAAAUCCAUAAAUGAAGUGGGCACUCUACGUUAUAUGGCUCCAGAGCUAUUGGAGGGUGCGGUAAACUUGAGAGAUUGUGAGACUUCGCUUAAACAAAUGGAUGUUUACUCAUUGGGUUUGGUGUUGUGGGAAGUGGCUACUCGUUGUUCAGAUUUCUAUCCGCAAGGACAAGUGACGCCACCCUAUAAAGCUCCCUACGAAUUGGAAGUAGGUUCCCAUCCCUCCUUCGAUCAAAUGCAAUCAUUGGUGGUAAGGCGUAAGGCACGUCCACUAUUCCCCACUGGCUGGGGAGGUGGCCCGGCCGCAAAGCUAAUAAGAGACACUUGUGAAGAUUGUUGGGAUCAUGAUGCUGAGGCACGUUUAACUUCGUUGUGUGCCGAGGAGAGGAUGCAUGAAGCCGCUACUAUAGGUGCUCGUUUAAAUGCCCAUUUGACAGCUACAACACCUCUACUGAAUACAAAUAAUCUGGGCACUACACACUCGGAAACCGAAUCAAUCUAUGAGCACAAGCCUCGUUCACCCAACAACAUUGAAACCAUAACUAACGAUACUAAUACCGUAUUUAAUCCACCACCAAAUAUGAAAUUAUUUCCUUACUUAAAGGACAACAAUGAGCAUGCCUCCACAUCUUCGACAACCGAAAAGAAUCUUUUAAUACAGCCCCAGCAGCAAUUGCAACCCUAUCAGGGUAGAAAUCCUUGCCAGGAAAGAAAUCUGGCGCCCAAAGUGGCCCCAUAUCCGCAAAAGCUUAUACAGAGCAGCAAGAAACAUAGUUUUCAGCCACAAUCCGGAGAGGAUAAUGGUUUUUCCUGCUUGGAUGAUGAUGUUUCUGUGGAGGAAUUAAUCUCUGGCGGCAGCUCAAAGAAGUUCCCCUCGCUGGAACAAGAGGAAUCUUCUCACAUGGGCCAAGGCUUUCCGAAACAACAAAAUACCGAUCGCAAACUCAAAGGCUGGCAUGGUGUUAGAGCACUCAUACAAAAACGACUCUUUCGCAAAAACGAUGGUCUAGAGAAUUUCGAUAUAUUUCGUCAUUUAAAUGGAGGCGAUGAAAAGUCAAAUCUUGUAGAGAAAAAUCUAAGCAACAAACCAGUCAUUAUCAGUUUCAUAGACAAGGAGAAAACCAAUUGUGAUAAACCAACAAGUGCUACAUCUACCGACAUUGUGGCAGAUCAUGCUAAUGGUUAUGUACAAAAUAAACGGCCCAAUAAUUUGGAUUUGAGUCCGGUGGCACAGACAAAUGGUUUCAAGGUAACACCACCCAACAGUUUGCAAUCGAAUCCAAUAACAACGAUUGAAGAAGAAGAGCUGCAUAACGGCCAAGAAGUGUUCGAGGUGGAAGACACCACCAAUGACGAUGUGGAUGAGGUGGAUGGCAUUGUGGAAUAUAGAUUAAAAAGUCUGGACAAACGAAAGUCCACUCCCUCACACCUGGUAACACGAUCCAGAUCCACCAACCUGUCCAUUGACACCACAAAUGGCCAUUUAAGUGAGGCGGAACUUAAAAAUAUUUCAGCCAUAAAUAAUGCAGUCAUAAUGAGAAAUCACUCGAAUUCGGAGCCACAGUUUAGAAGACAACGCAGCUUGGAGGUAUUCCGUGAAGUAUUCAAUGCUCGCGGCAGCAAUGAAAGACUACGAGAUCCCAGUCAACGGGUAAAGACACCGGGAGAUGUUCCGCCCUCGGUACGUAAAAUAAGAGCUUCGAAAACUUUGAGUCUCUACGAUGAUCGCAUGAUGGACUCUUCGCUCUUGAAUGUCCUCUAGCAUGAAGAGGUUCUGCUCUUGGAAUUAUAGGAGCAGAACUUUUGAUACUCAAUGAAUUAAUUAGAAAUCAUAAUCAUACUCAUCAUUAACUUACAUGCAUAUUUAUUGUAUAAUGUAUAAUAAUUAUAAAUAUUACAGGACAAAAAAUCACACAGAUCACACUUACAUAUUCUUAGAUUUUUACAUAGAUAACGUACUAACAUACUAAAUAAUAUAACGUAUGUACUAGAAGAAAACAAAGCAAACAAAGCAAAGCAAAAACAAACGACCAAAGUUAAAGUUUCUUAUAAUUACAUAUAUGUAUAGCGGCGAGAUUAAUUUAAAUUUAAUCUAAAUAUUUUGUAAAGAAAGAACUUUGUCAUUUAUUUCUUUAUUGAAUUUUGUUUUAUAUAUAUAUUUUUUUAUAGCUAAAACAAAAACAAAAAUUAAAAGAAAUGUGUUAAAUGUAUUUAUGUAUGUAAUAAUAUGUAUUUUUGUAGUAAAGUAACAUUUAGCUUAGUAAACAUAAUCAUUAAAUUACAAUACAUUACAUUAGAAGUAACUCAAUUGCAUAGAAUGAGCCCAGGGGAAAAAUAGAUCAAGUCAAAGCAUUUUCAAUUAAUCAUGUAUUUAAUUAAGGCUUACAUAUCUUUAGUUUUCAAAAUAAUUUUUAAUGAAAUUAUUUGAAAAUUUUGUAUAGCAUGUUAAUGUUGGCAUUUCUUUUACAUAUUAACAUUAUUAUUACUGACUUGAUCAAAUGGCAUGAAUGAUUGAAUUGCUAAACUAAACUAUUUCAUAGUAAAACUAAGUGUUUAGAAACGUCUUCAUUAGAUUUAAUAAAAACAAAACAAACAAAAAAACAUAAGAAUAGCAUCCAUGUUAAUUGUAGGUAAACAUUUCAUAUUUCUGCUGAAACUAAAGAUACAAUUUGAAUUUUUUUAAUUGAAAAACAAUGAUUUAAAUUAGAACAAUUUCAAAAUAACAUUUUCAACUUUAAAAUGUGGAAUAAAGAAUGAUAUUUUCUAAUUGAAAUAGAGAAAAGAAACAAGAAAACUAAGAAAUCAAUUUCGAAAAUUUAAAAUUUUAAGAUUCCACAUUUUCAAAUUUCCCCGCUUAAAAAAAAUAUUUAAUUUAAUUAAUGGAUUAAAAAGAAAAUAUUAAUUCUCGAAAUUUGAAAACUUUCCUCAAUUCUAAUUGUACUUUUAAGAUUCCAAUUCAUCCAGUAUAAACUCGUAACUCAAUCUGUCAUCUUACACUCACAGCAUUUUUUUUAUCAUGAACAUUUUCGUUUCAUUCUUGUUGAAUUUUUGCUCCGAAGAAUAGAGAGGAAACAAUUGUUCGACAAGGUUUCGGACCUUACCCGUACAAAAUUUGUUAAAACCUGGUACUUUACCAUGGUCAUUCAUUCGCCUUAAUUUCUCUUUUAUCGAAGUUCAAAGUUCAAUUUUAAUUGUAUAUCCAAUCCAAUUUUUACAAUAUUCUGCCAUAGUAAUGGUAAAGUACCCUAGUUUCAAUAUAUUUUUCUAAAAAUAUUUUGAAAAUAGGAUGUUGAAACCAAAACAAAUGUCCUAGAACAAAGGAUAUCUCAAAAAUCAUAUUGUUACGUUUUAACCAUUUCAAAACGCUGGUUUAUUUCCUUUAAAUAUUUUGAUUGCAAAUAAAAGCCGUUUAGUCCCGGUCCACACUGUGAAACAUUUGCUGCAAAACAUUUUUAAAUUCUCUUUUGAAACUGCAUUCGUGUCCACACAGUGAAGUUUUUGCUUUUCAGUUUUUGACAUUUCUGUACAGUACGAAUACGAACGAAUAAAUGUGGAUGACAUACUCAACAAAAACUUCAUGUACAUGAAACAAAGUUCCCUUUUUCAUUCCUCUUUCCCCUUUCAUCAACAAACUCAAAUGUUUUGCAGCAAAUGUUUCACAGUGUGGACCGGGACUUAGUAGUUUGAAAAUUGUAACAACUCUUUAUUUAUUUAAAAUGUACAACAACAGAAUUAAAUAGUCACUCAAUGUUUUUUUUUAUACACGUUUAUAAAUUCUCAGAAAUACAGACACUUUAUAAUGUAUACGAAUUCACUUGAUAAAUACAGCACACUUUAAGGCACUCAGUUGAUGUUUAUUCAAAUAGCGUCUCUGAUAAACUCACUCACGACUGCAACCUCUGCCACUAUUUAUAACACUGCCAUCUGCACUCUAGAUUGUUCUUUAACUGUCAAAGUUCGAAUAUUCUAGAUCAUACGCCAUCUGUGGUGUACUUUCUACAAUGUUCUUUAACUGAAUAUUCGAAUUCAAACAGCGUUACCAACUUACGAUCAAUGGUCAACUGAAAGCUUUUAUUUAAUAAUGCCCACAGAUAUGUUACAGUUUGCCAUUACAGCACUGUUAUUUGAAAACAUUAUGCUACUUUUAAAUCAGCCCUUAAAAUCUUUAUAUUUGAAUUCAAGUACAAUUUCGUAACAAUUCUUCCAUUUUCUAAAAAUUCGCCUCAAUUAUAAGCCAAUACUAUGGUUAACAACAGAUUAAAAUUCAGAGUAGGAUCCAUGAGAAUCAUAUCUUUACAGGUAGUUUUCCGAUUUUCUUUUCUGACAAAAUGUUGCCAACAUAUUUUGUACCAUUUAUUAAAUGGUUUUUAACGAUCACAAUAGAACAAAAAUUUUCUUUUAUGCUGCUUUUAAAUAUUCUAAAACUAUGUUAUCAUUAACAAAGACAAAAUCCAAAAACAAUAACAAUAACAAGAGAAGCUGUUUGGUGACUUUCUAACCUUUUGAUAAAAUUGAGGGUGAAGCAUGUAGCAUAUUUUCGGGGUUUUAGGGCAACUUUAUUUGAAAGGAACACAAGAACUACAUAUUUUUCAGAAAAGAACACAAAGAAGCGCAAAAUGCAGAAUAAACGCAUCAUUUAUGCCAGAAAUAAAAACUCCAUUAGUCUUAAAUUUUCUGAGUAAAUCAACAAAAAAUACUUUUCCGAAGGAAAAAGGAUAAUAAAUAUAAAACAAUAUCCUUUAAGCAAUGCUAUUUUAAAAUACAUAUCCUUAAAGAUAAAGAUAAAUUGAUAUCAUCAAAUGUUACUUAAAAAUGAGGCCAUCAGUACAAAAGUGGUGUAACCCACAAUGUUGGUUGCUGUUCUGUUGUUACAUACAUUCCUUACAUUACAAACUAUAUAAAGUGGAGUAAGCCAGCCACCUUUUGAUAUUCAAAAGCAGAUGGAAAAAUCGUUUUUGCACAGAGCAUAAUAUAACAAAGUAAUAGAGCAAAAGUGGUGUAAGUUACCCCUCCCUAUAAGUAAAUAGUUUUUAUUUACAUCACUUUUGCGCUGAUAGCCUCAAAUAUCGUAAUAUUUUGAAUGACUACAUUUUUGCUUAUAUUUUCUAUUAAAAUGGAAACAUCCUUCGGCUUAUCUGUCAUUUCACUCAAGCGAAUUUUUAAAUUAAAAUUAAAAGCUAUUUUUCUCUGGUUUUCUCAUAAUCGAAAAAUAAUUUUUCAUCUGCAGUUCUAGUCCCAAAAAUGAUUUCAUUUAGGGUGACAACUAGUUAAAUAACUAGCUACGUGACUAGUUAUUUGAACACAUGAAUGACAUAAGCUGACCCCCCGCUUGACCCUUUCGAUUUAGAAUCAGACUGUGCGAUAGCUGGUACAAAGUAGUCAACACAUUGUUACAUAGAAUCAGUCACCCUACUAGCUACCUAACCUGUUACUUGAUCAGCUCCAUAACUAGUUAUUUUAAAAGUGAUUACACUUUAGAUUACUUAGAGACAUUUAAGUGCCAAUUGUCUUCACGAAAGAUUACAUGGGAUGUAUAAAGUAAACAAUUGUCUUCUCUCUGCUCUAGAAAGAUCACUUACGUAUUAAAUGACCCAAAAUGUAUGAAGUGAAGUCAGCCAAGUGAACAGACAUUAGUGACAAUUACUCUCUAUAAGGGAUUCACUGGCCUUUUUCCAUUUCUCGUUCAUCAACUUCGUUCACGUGAACAAAUUCCCCAUGUUGUGAAAUUUUUAGAUGGAAUUUUGUGAACUAUUGUGAAUGAAAAAUUCAUGGGAAUUCCCUUCGAUGGAAAUGGAUAUUUCAUGGGAACAAAAUUUCACGUUAUUGUCGAUAGGGGUGAUUAUUAAAAUGUUGAGAAUAUGAAUUUCGAGAUAUCCUUCUUCAAUGGAACCUAAUCAUAAUAAUUAUUCUCUUUUCAAUAAAUUUUUUUUUUUUUUUUGAGAAAUUAGAAUAAAAUACUUUCUAGCUGAUUCAGAAACAUCAACGGAAAACAAUUUUCUAUUUUUUGUAUCAAAAAUUAUUUGGAAACUGAGUGAUUUUCAUAAAAAAAUUGAAAAUUAUUUUCCGGUCAUGUUUCUUUUUAAGUUAUAUUCUGUUUUAAUGAGAAACGGAUUUCUAGAAAAAAUACUUUAAAAUCUACCAUUCAUUAGCUUUAAUAUGAGAUCUAAAAUUAUUAACAGUUUUCUAAAGUUAGACCCCUUUCACACUAGGCAAUUUAGUUGCCCAACAUCAAAACAGCAUGCAAAAUUAUCUUCUCCUUAACCCGACAUUACCUCUGGCAUCUACAAACACAGGAAACUUGCGCAACUAAAUUGCCUAGUGUGAAAGGGGCCUUAAACUUUGAACCUAUAUAAAAACCAACCUAAAGCGAAUUUAAAAAUUCUGGAGAACUUUAAAUUUUCUAAGCAUUGGAAAAUAUGUAUGCCAAACAUGAAUCGAAUUCAGAAGAGUAAAUGUUCAAAAAUUAUUUUUUUUACCGACAUUUUUCGUUUCAUCCCAAUGCAGAAAUAUGAAACAAUAAAAUUUUAGUUUUUAUGCAAAAUAAACAUGAAACAAAUUUAUAACAAAAGAAAAAAAAUAAUAAGAAAAUCAUAAAAUCUUAGUAUAACAAAUCCUUUAAAUGUAUACAGAAAUAAAUGUUUGUAUGGACUCAGUAUAGAAUUUCACCACAAAAAAGGCCUUCUAGAAAAUUUUUUUGUAAAACAAAUAAAAACAAAAAAAAAAACAUUUCAAUUAAAACAUUUACUUUUAUAUUUUGUACGUACAUGUAAAUACAAUUAAUCAAUUAUUUAUUUAACUAAACAAAAACAUCAAAUAUACAAAAAAUUAUAAAAAAAAAUAAUAAAACAUUAAACACUUGAUAAAAGCCUUCUAUAAAAUAA